AUGGGCCCCUGUACCGCCUCCUCAUGCUGCUGCCAGGCCCGUAAUCUGCCAUGGGCCCCCGUACCGACUCCUCAUGCUGCUGCCAGGCCCGUAAUCUGUCAUGGGCCCCUGUACCGCCUCCUCAUGCUGCUGCCAGGUCCAGAGUGUGUCAUGGGUCCCUGUACGGCCUCCCAUUGCUGCUGUCUCCAUCGCCACACUCUGCCAUGUGCCACUUUCAGGUCUCCUCACACUGCUGGUGGGUUCCAUUUUGUCAUAGGGUGCUGUAUGGCCUCCCAUUGCUGCUGCCUCCACCGCCACACUGUGGCUCCACACUCUGGUUUUGGCCCCGUGACUGCCCAAAUGAGUGAAGUGUGCGGUGAUUCUAAGAUCGACGGCACUCAUCUGCAUGUCAUACUGACUGACAGUAUUAUUUCUCUUCCCCAGCAGACUCCAAGGGCAUUUAAAUUAAAGGUACAGCGUUCUGCACUAAUAUAA